CUAGGGAGGGCUUGAGAGCUGGCUGGCCCAAAGCGAGCUCCUCUCCUGCUCGCUGGUAGCAAGCAUCCGCUUCCGGUUCCUGGGCCGAAGUGCCCGCGAGCCGAGGCGCCGCGGAGGGAGGCCUAUUUGCUGGGCUUUGCCUGAAAUGGAUAGCCGGAUCUCUUAUGAUGACUACCCAGUGGUUUUCCUGCCUGCCUAUGAGAACCCUCCAGCGUGGAUUCCUCCUCAUGAGAGAGUAUACCACCCAGACUACAACAAUGAGUUGACCCAGUUUCUGCCCCGAAUCGUCACACUGAAGAAGCCUCCUGGUGCUCAGCUGGGAUUUAACAUCCGAGGAGGAAAGGCCUCCCAACUAGGCAUCUUCAUCUCCAAGGUGAUUCCAGACUCUGAUGCACAUCGAGCAGGACUUCAAGAAGGGGACCAAGUUCUAGCUGUGAAUGAUGUGGAUUUCCAGGAUAUUGAGCACAGCAAAGCUGUUGAAAUCUUGAAGACAGCUCGAGAAAUCAGCAUGCGUGUACGCUUCUUUCCUUACAAUUAUCAUCGCCAAAAAGAGAGGACUGUGCACUAGAGUCUUGCAGCCCACAGCACUCCAUGUGGAAUCUGCCAGAGCACGCUGGCUAGCCCUCUGAGAAGCCAGUCAGGAAAUUCUACUCUCAGCGCCUUCCUGGCUUAGUGGAUGGGGGAGGAUGGGGAGAUAGCUUACCAGCCACAUUCUAUAUAAACUCUACUGUACUUGGAGUUCCCUAGUUUCCUAGGUGAGUUUCAUUCUGGAAAAGGAGAAAGAUAAUGAUGUCUAGAUGUCUGUAGCCUGUGUGGAAAGCCAGCUAGAAAGCAAGUAGCGUUUAUCAGGUACCACAGAUACUUACACAGCUUAUUUUAUUUUUAGAAAUCAGUAGAAAAAAAAUAGAGUCUGGGGACCUUCCAUGUGAUUUGCCUGGCCAUGCCAUCCCGUCCUUGUACAUAAACUUUGGAGUCCAACACACUUGGAAGACUCCAAAGAGACACUGUUUUGGCCCCUUCCUCCCCAAAGUAAAAACACAAUACCAAAUAAAUGUGGCUUGAGUGAUA